ACAAAAAAAUAAAAGAAAGCCCAUAAGAAAAAAAUAAAAUAGCCCAUUUCUCCCUCUCGUCUCUCUACGCUCAGCUGCACGCGACUGCCGCCACCGUCCAGUCCCGCCGGCGGAAACAGCUGCCGCCGUGAGCCAUCGGUGCCGCCUUCUCCACUCUCGCCUAGAAAAAAUAACCUACCGCCUCCACCUUCAAACAGCAGCAACAACACAAUCCAAUCCCUCACUGCCCAAGCGGGGCCCAGCCCUUGACUCAUCAAAUCGACUCGGCACAUUGGCCAUGAACAAGCAGUUUUGUUCACGACAGCCUCCCUCUGCCAGCUCCGGUCUCAGAUGGGAAUGUUGCAGAAAAUUGCCUAUUUUCAGUGUGGUUUUAACUGCCACUUUCAUUAAAUAACUGCUUUCUAUGAAGGAAUUCCCUAAAGUUGACGCUCUAUGUUUUCUUCGAAUGUUUCUCGUCAAUUUCUCAAAAAGAUUUCCCCUUUCUUGAAUCCAGCUAUAGCUAGGGCUUUUACCUCGCAGAAAAUUAUCCAGCAGAGAAAACCUAUAAAGCAUACCCGUCCAAAUAUUAAAAAAUCUUCUACCCAAAAAUCAUCAAUCAAGAAGCAUAAUGUGGAGCCGGAAAAUUAUGCAAAACAAAGAAUCGCCAAAAUCUACAACAUUUUGAAGUACUCGACCUGGGAUUCUGCUAAAGAACAGCUGGAAAACCUCUCUGUGAAAUGGGAUUCCUACACUGUCAACCAAGUUCUCAAGACUCACCCUCCAAUGGAAAAAUCUUGGCUCUUUUUCAACUGGGCUGCCGGCAGGAAAAGUUUCAGGCACGAUCAAUAUACCUACACUACAAUGCUGGAUAUUUUUGGGGAGGCGAGGCGAAUUUCGUCGAUGAUGUAUGUUUUCAAUCAAAUGAAGGAGAAAGGGAUCAAGAUUGAUGUUGUUACCUACACUUCGCUGAUGCAUUGGAUAUCGAAUGAUGGGGAUGUUGAUGGGGCGAUUGAUCUGUGGAAGGAGAUGAGGGCGAAGGGUUGCCGGCCGACUGUUGUUUCGUACACUGCGUACAUGAAGAUUUUGUUGGAUAGUAAAAGAGUGAAUGUAGCUGCUGGUGUCUACAAAGAGAUGCUGGAGUCGGGCCUGUCGCCGAAUUGUCACACAUACACAGUUCUUAUGGAGUAUCUUGCAUCCUCUGGAAAAUUUUCUGAAGCCAUGGAAAUAUUUUACAAAAUGCAAGAUGCUGGCGUGCUACCUGAUAAAGCUACAUGCAACAUUUUAAUUGAAAUCUGUUGUAGAACUGGGGAAAUAUGGGCAAUGGUGAAAAUUCUUGAAUUCAUGAAGGAAAAUUUCUUAGUCCUCCGAAAUCCUGUUUAUCAAAAGGCCCUCGAAACUUUUAAAGCCUCUGGGGAAAGCGACGCGCUUCUGAGGCAAGUCAAUCGGCACUUCUCUGCUGAGUACUCUGAUGAAGAUGAUGCAGUGUUGCACAAUAGUGAAUUUGGUGUGGAGAAUGGCCUUGUUUUGAACUUCACGAACAAGCAGAAUCUCGUUGCUGUUGACUAUUUGCUCACGGACAUGGCGGACAAGGGAGUUCAGUUAGACUCUAAGGUGGUUUCAGAUAUAAUAGAGGUAAACGUUGCUCGUCAAAGACAAGAUGGAGCUUUACUGGCAUAUGAUUACAGUGUGAAGUUGGGCGUAGAUAUCGAAAGAAGUGCGUAUCUUGCUCUAAUAGGCUUCUCAAUGAGAGUAAAUUCAUUCCAUAAAGUGGUGGAGAUUGUUGAGAAAAUGGUGAAGCAAGGUCUUUCCCUUGGCACACAGUUGAACUCUCUUUUGAUACAUCGUCUUGGCUGCGGAAGAGAAGCUGCUUUUGCUGAGAAAGUGUUUGAUUUGUUGCCGGACAAAGAGAAGAGUAGUGCUGAAUAUACAGCUCUAAUAGGUGCCUACUUCUCUUGUGGGAAUGCUAGCAAGGGGCUCGAAACCUUCGACGUUAUGAAAAGCAAGGGCGUAAGCGUUGCCGUGGGAACUUAUUGUGUCGUGGUAGCCGGUCUUGAAAAAUGCGGUAAGCCUCGUGAAGUAGAGCACUACAGGAAAGAGAAGAAGAGCCUGCAAAUGGAAAGGUGCCCUACAAAUAUUUCAAUGGAGGAAACCAUAUGUAAUCUUCUAUUUGCUGGGGAUUUUAUAACUCGUCGUGCUCGAUAGCAUAAUAUAUCCUGAGGUUUGGUGUGCUGCAAUUGAUUAA